CAAGUCCUUGCACAUGGCUUCCUCUGUGUACUGCUCUUUAAGGCUGCAUAUUGCUUUGCAAGACUGCAGAUUUUUCAAAAUUCAAUGUUGAUGUUAUUCAUUUACACAAGUUUAAUGUUUUUUAUAUUCUUGAUUUUUCCUCUGUUGGGAAAUGGAAAAUUUUCUGGGUGAGAAAUUUUCAAUGGAUUACUGAUCUGGGGUAUGAUAGAGCAAAAAAAAGGUUUUCUGUAGGUAUAGAGACAAUGAGGUGUUGUGUGUGCUCUGUGUUGUGUGACUCACAUCACUUCUAUCAAAAAAGCAUCUACUCUGUACUUUAAAAGAGUACUAUUUUGAAGCAGCACCUCACAAUAAAGGCCAGCGCACAAUACACAAACUUUAGCUUCAUGAAGAAAGGAGACAUCAGAUAUCUUUCACAGCACCCCCUAAGGUGCUUGCAGCUGUUUCUCUAGCCUUGAAGUAUAUCUUUAGUGACUUAAAGUGAAUACAGCUCAUUUAGAUAUCCCCAGCUCAGCUUUCAGUAGUUGCUGUGGGUGCAAAGAGCACUCUUUUAUAUUGCUCAAAAGCUGCCUAAGAUCCUGAUGAAUAUAUUUUUUUUCCCUAUUGAAGCAUUCAGCAGUUGCCCUAGACUAUUUUUUGUGGGCAAAUUCAUGAGAACAUGUACGCUAAGUCAGGAAAAUCCUGAAAUAGCCACGGAGUACUUUGUCUUUGCUAUUCAGCUAUUUUUAAAGAGUAGAAGAAAAGAGUGGAACUCAAAACACAGUGCUUCUACAUGAAAUACUCGAUCACCUUUCCCAUGUGUUAUUUCUGUGACUUCAUAAAUGUUUUAGCUUUUUAGUCUGGUGUAUUAGAACAUGCCUUUUGCACCAUGUUAUUGGAUACAUUGGAUGCUACUUGCCUAACAUACAAUAAAGCUUGUUCCUUUGUGCACUCCUUAAGCCAUUACCAUCCAAGGAAUCUGUGCUAGAUGAAAAAUGUUUUUAUUUCAAAUAGCUGAUAAGGAGUCCCUAUAGACUUGUGGAGGCACCAUUCAUUUUUCUGUCAGGGAGACUAAACUGCAGUGGCUGUCCUUGGGGUGCAGACCCCCAAAAGCAUAUUGGAAUUUAAUAAAUCAGUAUUAUCCUUUUUAUAAAUCCUUUCAGUAAGAAACUCCUCAGCCAGGAAACUGAAAAAUUAAGCAAACCAGCAUUGGUAUUUGGAAGAAGGACAGUGACACGGGCGUGAAAGCAGCAUAGAGAAGGGAAAGUGAGAUAGAGUGAAGAUGUUAAAAGCCAUGGAGGUGGGAAGCACCGGGCUUAGAUUAAAAGAAUCUAAGAACAAGAAUGUAAGAAAAAGGUAUAUAGAGAAGACAUGUGCAGAAACCUAAGAAUUCAUGAGAAUAAGUGUGUCUAAAGUGUUAGCGAGGAAAAGAAAUUUUUUGAAAGAACUUCCUGGGGAAAUAGCCUCCCUUCCUCUUGGCACUUGUCCUCAGUGUCACAAGGGAACUGGGACUAGCUUCAGUAGUGCUCUGCAUGCCUAGAUGCUGAAAUGGAGAUUUGUUUCAAAGUUGACUAAGAUUUUACAGCUAGUCAGUACUUUAUGGUGCUGAAAGCAUUCCCACUGAUAGGUUUCUAAGGUGUUUAGCUGGCACUAGUUUUGAGGUUAGUUAUAUUAGUGAUGUUGCACAGUGGAUAUGGACUGGAAGAGCAAAUUCCUUUAAUUGCAUGCUAAAAGGAAAUCUGGAUUACUUUUGCUGUGUUGUGUGUUUUCUUACCUCUGGGAAGUGUUUCUGGAAGAAGUAAAAACCUUUUACAUUCAGGAUUAAUAGUCCUUUAGGUAUAACUGCCCAGAACCAAUUCCGGGGGCAUGCACUCUGGGAGCAGAAUGCCAGCAGGUCCCUUUGACAACCCCCACUGGCUGGUGCAGCUGCCUGCUUUGGUUGGGAAGAGCAAAGAUCUGAGAUGGAGGAUAUUGCAUGUACACCGUGGUCUAUGCAAUACAGUAAGUUGCACGUUCAUGCCAAAUGGAGUUAUUACUACGAAACUGAGCAUGAGUUAUCUUUAGACUAGCUGCAUUUGACUCCAUUAUACCUGUUUAUUUGUCUUAGCCUUCCUUCACUCCCCAGUUAUGAUGUGGCAGUUCAGUUAUACCAUGGAAUGAAACAGUAAGAGACCAUAAAAAAAAAUCACAAAACAUAUUCUACAUUUAACCUUUCUGGUGCAUGUCUUUACCAUUCUUUUGAGAGGGGUGUUUUAAUGGUGCAAGAAUUAUCUGAUAUUUUCCAGUCAAGAAUCAGGUAUAAACUCUGUGUUCAUGUGAGUACAUAAAAGACAGAAAUAUAAUAAUGCUUCCUGGGCUUGCAGCAUCCACUGUUCUGACGUUUUCAGGGCUUUAGCAGCAGAUUUCAGUAAUUUUGAAUUGUACAUUGAUAAUUAUUCCACAAUUUAAAAAAAAGAGAGAUUUUUCUGUUCAGGGGUUAGGUAUGCCACCCAAUGUUACUUGAGAAGUAAAUCAUCUUGUUAUCCAUCACUGUCUUGUUCCUGCCGUUCCAGCUGUCCAGAGGUACUUUCUGCAGCCCUGUAAAGAGGCAGGAGGUGCACAAGGUCUCCUUAGUUAGAACACAUGAUGUUUUAUUUAACCAUCCAUCUAUGCUGCGCAGUGACUGUGCCACAAGAAUUGCACAAAGAUUUUAACUGUAGGCGGUUGUUCAUUUAUUAAUGUAAACACCAUGUGCCUUGGAUGUGCGAGCACUAAAAAUAAAGUUGCAGAGUUAAAAAUAGAUCUCUGGGAGUACUGAGAUGCUGCUUAAUCAGAACCAGCUGCAAGCUGUCUAGAAAAUGUAAGUUAUAUGGAGCCAGAUGGCUUUUGCCCUUUUUGCUUUAGACAGCAUGUAAUUUGGGUAACUGCAGCUACAGUAAUGUAUUUUCCUAGUCAAACUGUUUGAUAAACAUAUUUGUUUCGAAGAGACACUUCCAAUUACAGAGCCAGUAAAAUGUUAAUUUAUUUUAAUAUUUCUCCAUGUGGGUAAGCCAAAGGAAGGUUACAUAAUACCAAACUCAAAGGCAUGCACAAUUACUUCUCACAGCUGUAUUCAGCAGGAGCUGGAUUAUGACUAUGCAUCUUUGCACAGGAAAGCUCUUAUUCUGGGAACAAUCCUACUGAAAGCAAGGGGAAAAGGAUAUAAAUUAAAUUAAUAAUGAAGUGAUCAGUGGGAGUUGUAUGAAGUCAGAUUGCAGGAGUAAGACAUUACACAAAGUACAGGAAGUGUGUCAGAGUGAUAUCUGGCAAGUGCACAUCAAGCAACAGCCCAUAUGAUUUCAGGAAGGCUUUCUUGCACACUUGCUUAACUGAUAGUAUUAAAACCAAAACCUCCUCUGAGGCUUGGCAGUUUCCACAAUUCACCAGCUGGUGUUAGUGUCCUGUGUUCAGACUACAUCUAGGCAUCUCAGUGACUAGUCUGGGAAGUGGGAAACUGAAACUCAAGUCUGCUUUGUUUUUGAUUCAGAACUGCUUGGGGUGGGGGAUUAUGCUUUGAUUGGAAGGCUUAAUGGCAAAUACCUCAAACUGCAGGAUCAUCCUAACUCUGUUCUUGAGGUCUACUGGCCUGCAUCUGGGGCAGCUUAGUGUGAAAUUGCAGGGUCCCAGACCUGCAAUAUGCCACGUGCAUAUAAAUUGCUGUUCAGUCUUGUACUUCCAUAGCUGGACUGGUGUUACGAUUAUAGGAAAACCUGGGGGAAGCAGGUGGGAUACAUUUGAGGAAGUAGUCUCUUUUAGGAGUUAUUGUAACAAAAGCCAAGCUCUACAAACCUGAGAAGCAAGUGACCAGCUUGCAGCCUUUUUAAGCAAGGAUGUAGAUGAAGAUGGUUGUGCAGAAGAUCCAGAAAACGAGUCUUGGUUUAAGUGAAGGCUUUUAAUAUAUUGGAUUUAUUAAGGUGCCUGUUUUACAGGCAGAUGAUGCAAGUUACUUGCAGUUGGCAUAAAGUAGUCAUAUUGAGUGAUUAAAUCUCUCCAUGUCCUUCUCCCAUCAGUGUUUUACAUUUUCUGUGAAAACUGGAUUUAGAGUCUUGAUGUUCCUUUGAUAUUCUAGGUUUUUUUCCUCUAAUCUUAGCACUAUUAGGUGUAAUUAAAUGAAUAAUUGUAUUUUCUGAAUGAAAUGCCGUUUUCUCGGUAAUGUUUUCAUUCUAUUCAAUAAAAAUUUGUCUUUCUCUGCUUUAUCCAAUCUCCCAAACUUCUUUGGCUUCAAUCUCUUCUAUGCAAAUUGUCAUCAUCUUACAAAUUUAAGCCUCCCGUGAGGAACCACACAAAAAUUCCAACCUGUCUCUAAAGGUAGCACUAGCUGCCUGAACUAGCUUAGUGGUGGGUUGGUUAAGAUGUGUUUGUUUUAUUUUCCUAAAUGCUUAUAUUUAAACAUAUUUACAAUGCAAAUCUGUCUGAAAUUGGUAGUGUGGCAUUCUCUUCUCAACUUUAAUUCUUUUGCACCUGUCACACCCAUGAGUCAUGAGAUUUUUUUUUUUAGCUGUAAGAAGUAGUUUAAUCAGUUCUUUGUGGCCUGUGAUUUUUUUCUAUACUAAUUGAUGCCAAGCAGAGUUCUAGGUCAGAAGGUUUUUUGGACACAUUUCAGUAUGAAAUUAACUUUUAAAUGUGCUUUAAAAAUGCAAUUAUUGACUUAAACAAAAAAAAGAAAUUGCUCCUGUUUGGUCUGUUUGGUUAUUGGCAGAAACUACUAGCGAUUUAAGAACUUGCAAAUCUGUCCUUGCCUGAGCAUGAUUACAGGUUCAAUUUACAAGUGGUUCUUAAAAUAGUAACACUUAGAGUCAGUUUCUAAGAUGUUUUAGACUGAAAUCAAAUUAUAAGAAUUUACUAGUUUUUGACAGCAGAAGUGAUAAAGCUGUGCAGAUGAAUUUUUAAGUAGCUGUAUACAUGACAUUCAGUCUUAAAUUGAUGAGUGCCUGGAUUUAGAUCAUCCCAGCUGUAGAAAAAGCUCUGUGAUGAUCUGAUUGUUCCAGGCUUUCUCACUUAAAUAUUUUGUCAGUGACCUAAAAAUGGUUGCUACUCUAUUUGCCUUGGGAUAAUUAUGACCCACUCCUAAACAGGAGAGCAAGAGAGGAAAGGGAAAUAAGAUCGUCCGAGCCCCUUGGCUAAGACUUCAGUGUUUCCUUUGUUAGGAAUCUGGUAGAAGAGAGAAUCCAUUGCUUAUCUACUGUUUUCCUCCCUUUCACAUCUGCCUAUGGAGGAGAUUAAGGUGGGACACAGAAUUAGCUUUAUGUUGGCUGUGCUGUUCAGCAGAAUGGAUAUAAGCAAAGAUGUAUGUUGUACCAGUAAAGAUAUUUGCAGUUCUUAAUGGGAGAUGGUUACUUUUAAGGGAAGGAAAAGCAGGCAAUCAUUUUUUUGAGCAAAUUUAGAGCAAAUAAUUGACUUCUGAAUUUUGUGAUUGUGCUCUAACUUCUAAAAUUUCAAGUAAUUUCCUUUGAAAAUGCUUCAUCAAAUAUCUAUGUAUUUCACUUAAAAAGUAUCACAAGGAAGAAUUUUUCAUUCCAAUGUAUUCAGCGCAGGACACCUUCCACUAGACUGGAAAGCCCUAUCCAAAUUGACCUUGAACACUUCCAGGGAUGGGGCAUCCACACCCCUCUGGGCAACCUGUUCCAGUCCCUCACCACCCUCCAGUAAAUAAUUUCUUCCUAAUACCUAAUCUAAACCUGUCCUCUUUUGUUUUAAGCUGUUAACCCUUGUCCUAUCACUGCAUGCCAUUUCAGAAGAUUGCUGUCAAUAGUUUAAAUAUUAGGGUUUUGCUAAUCUGGUACAUUUUGGCUGGAAUAGCCUCAGAAGCAUUUGCAGGAGCAGCCCAACAUGCCCCCAGUUAGGGGAUGGAAGCUCCAUCCUGAAAGACCAUGCCUGGUGCACAAGUGCAGACAGGUUACUAGGAGGUAGCGUUGCCUUUCCUUCCUUGCCAAUCAGAACCUUGUGUUCCUCCUUUCCUUCUUGCUGUGCAUGGUCUGAGAGUUAUUGUAAGCCAGAUAAUCUUGGUCUUCCCUGUAAAAGAUGGAUAAUUUUAAAAUAUCUUACUAUCUGCUUGAAUUUCUACAUGAAAUGAAAUUAACAUAUUAAUUGGCUGUGUUUAAGAUUGUUUUAUGCCUACAUAUAAAUAAGGGUUAAACACUGAAAACAGCAAAUGACCACAGGUUUCACAUACUGCACCCUUUGUUUUUAGAUUUUAAGAGUAAAAACCAGUGUUUUCCUGGAAAAUGCCGAAUUUCCUAUAUAAAAAUAAACUUUCUUAAACAUGGAAAUGCUGGUUUAUUAUGAAAGUUUCUAAGCUUAGUUGGAAAUCUUCCUCUGUGAUUACUUUUAGUAUUAGUCUAAAAGUAGAUCCUUGUCCUCAUUUUAACACUGCUACAAGAGGGAAAUUGAUUUACUACAGGAAAAAAAAAUUCUAAGUUUUAUAAUUUAAACACAAAUGUCCCCUUUGAAAAAAAAAAAAAUUAGGCAGAAAAAAAAUAAAGCUGUAAUAAAGACCUUCACUUAUUGUAGAAAGUCUUGCAUACAUUAUGGGGUAUGCUCUUAAACCUUCCCAGGUUUUUAUGCAGGAUAACAUUUCCAGGAUCUUUGGGUUGGUUUACACAAGGACAGGAAAAAAUUAAUAUACACUAACCAGAUUUGAAGCAGAUUUGUUAAAUUGCAUUAAAUCCUUGUUCAGAAUGCUUUUAAAAUUAGGUUCCUUAAUUUAAUUUAUAUUAAUUUUUUUGGAGGUGACCUAAACUGUAUGGAGUUAAUUUAAUCCUGAAUGAGUAUCCAUAAUGGGGUCAAAUUAGUUUAACCAUAGUUUUUUAAAAGCAAGUCUGGAUUAAUUUCAAAUAUUUUGAUAUUCAUUUGAAUUUCUUCUUCAUUUAAGAUUAAAUGUCUAGAACUGUUUUUUACCUAGGUCUUUUGGUGAUUGUGCUGUUUGGAAUUUUUGGGUUGUUUUCAACUCACUAUGUUACUGUAAGCAAAACCAUCAUUUUUUGAUUUAGAGUAUGUUGGUAUUUGUAAGCAAGAGGACCCAUUAUAUGUAUUCAUAGCUAGUGAUCAGGAGACAGAUGAUAUGAUAGGCUAGUUCUUGGAAAAGUGCUGAGCUUUUUAUUCCAUCUGGUAGUAUAUUCCCUCCUGUGCAAUGUAUCUGUUGAAGUGUAUGGUUAUCUGCUUUUUUCUAGCUUUUGUUACAACCUAUAAAGUGAUACGUUUCCCUUUUCGUGUUUGAAAGGACGUUGAUCUUAUGGCAGAAUUUGCUGAGUGAUUUCCAUAUCAUUUUUCACAAAAAAAAAAAUUAGGAAAAGAAGAAAUAGAUCUGUGAAUAAAUAGAACUUCAGUAAAUGAAACCAUUUUAAUAUUACUUAGGGUGGAUGUAUAGCUACUAAUUACUCUCCAAACUAAUUAACAUUGGAAUAAAUUUUUAAUUAAUCAGAGUUUUCCUCAAAUAUGUAUCUUCAAGCAAAAAAAAAAAUCCCCUUACUUUAAUAGUAUUACAUUUUUUUAAAUAAGGCAAUACCACAAAAAAUCAGUGUGGGCUUGUUCUUUGUUACAUCUGAGAGUCAAGAUUAUGCUUGUGAUGGAAGAGAAAAGUGUCAUCCCUUUUCUGGCUUUUUCUGUAUAUGCUAAAUAAUUAAGUUUCCAGCAAUUUUAUUUUGGUAUUUUAAUAUUUGACUUGUAGCUAAUUUCAUUUACUAUGAUAGUCUGUGUGAACAUAUUAAUUCUGUGUGUAAAAGCAGUAGCUUUUAGUUCUAGGUCUACUUCUGAGUGCUCUUCCACUCUCUCUAUAACUUUAUGUGUGUAAAGCUUAACAUAUUUGAAUAAAUGAUUGUUGCCACUUUUCCUGUCAGACAGAAAUAAAAUGUCUGAUGCAUCUGACAGAUCUUUUUUCCUUUUUUACAUGAAAUAUCUCUGUGAGGAAAGAGAAAGGGGCAAAAGGAGGGUGCAUGAAAGCUCAUGCAGUUGUAGCGCACACAACACACUUGGGUCUUCUCAGUCCUGAGUAAUGCUAAGACCUACCUGUGGCCCUCAUCUUUCUUACAUCAUAAAUAUUCUAUAAUUUUAAUUUUUUUAUCCUAUGGUAUUGUAUAUUUGGCUGGUUGAUGAUAGAGUUGUAAUAUUUUGCUUUAUUUUCUGAUAUUUGAAAAUUAUUGUUGCUUCUCCUGGACAGAAAGGCAUUGUGACCCCUGUUGGUGCUUAUCUGAUGCCUGUAUCCUUAGAAAUUCUCAUUUCCAAGCUGCUAUACUAAUGCUUCUCUACAUUCCCCCUCACGUUAUAAUAAUCAUAUUGAAGUCUCAUUGCAAUUUUCUGUGCUCAGUAUGUGUUCAAAAGAUUUAUUUCCAUUUCUAUCCUGAAUAAAUUAAAAUAAUUUUGUUGGAAAAUGGUUUCACAGGGCUUGAGUUUUCAUAUCUUUCAAUUCCUGCAUACUUAUAUUUUAAUCUGCUGGAAAUGCCAAAAAUUUAAAGGUAAAAGAAAUGCAAAUACGUCUUAAACAUGCAUUUAAGAUGUCUCCUGGAUGCUUGAAGAGAUAAACUACUUAUUAAAUUAUACUCAUAAUCAAACUCAAAUGUUUGAAUUUUGUCACACCAAUGUGCUAUUUUUUUUUUUCUAUUGAUAGAAGAUUUCUUUACAAAAAAUGCAAGAUUCGCAGGAGUUAACAGUAUUAAUCAGGGUUAUAUAACAGUAGGCUGAACAUGAAUUUACAAAAAGUUAGUUUUCUUUAGCUGGAAAACUAAAUCUAGUUUGUGAUGUAGAAAUAUACACUUAGAAUGAAUAUAUUCAUACUUUAUCAAUAAAUGUGUCAUUCAAACUCCUAAUACUUCUUUGCAUGCCAAACUAUGUUUCUGGUAUCUGCUGAAUAGUUUGUGAUUGACAAAUUCCUGGAUUAUUUCAAUGUGAAUGUAGGACUGUGAGAAAGAUGCUUUCCUUAAUAAGCAAUAAUAAUUUUCUGAAACAUUUGUUUUACAUUACAAGAUUUUUAAAAAAAUAUUUGCAAGCAAUGUAAAGUACGUUGGGUUUGUGGUUCAGUUUUUUUACAGCAUAAGAGAUGCAAUCACAAUAAUCACAAUAGGGGUUGAAACAGCACAUAUUUUAGAUAUGUGAUAGAUCAGGCUCUCAUCUGAAGAAUGGUUCAUUUUCAUAGCAGGCCAAAAUUUGUGUGAAAUCAAAGAUCCUGAAGUGCUGUUUUAUAAGAAUCUGAAAGUUUAGCUGUAUUUUCAGAAUUCUAAAGAGCCAGCAGAUCUGGACAACAAAAUCACUGAGGAUCAGUUCUAGUAAACCAUGAGAGCGAGUCCCAGACAGGUGAAUUAAAUAAUGAUUAAAAUAUUCUAAUGAGUUUGCUUUGUUGUUGUUGGUUUUUGUUUGUUUCUUUUGUUCGCUAAUUCAAAUACAUGGAAUUAGUCAAUUCUGGAGGUAUUUUGCAGUCUGGUUUUGGUCAAAUUAACCUUUUAGGUGUCAGAUGUCAGGGUUUUGACUGGCACUCAUAGCCACGUCCUUUUCCAGUUGUGGUGGGUAGAUCCUUACUGGAUACCAGGUGCCCACCAAAGCUGCUCUAUCCCUCCCCUCCUCAGCUACUUGGGAGAGAGAAAAUAUAGUGAAAGGAUGGUGUACAGAGAUAAAGGCAGGAAGAGAUCACUCACCAAUGACUCUCACUUUCAAAUCAGACUCACUUGGAGAAAUUAAAUCAUUCCCAGUCACAUCAGAAUAGAAUAAUGAGAAAGUAAACCCCAAACCUUUAAAACACCUUUUUGUCAUCCCUCCCUUCUUCCAGGCUCAGUUUCACUCCUAAAUUUCUUUUUCAUGUGAGUAUCUUUGCCCUGGGUACUGUCUUUCAGGAGCAGGCUGCUCCAGCAUGGGCUCCAGCUUAGAUCUUCUCUCUAUGGCUCCACAGGUGCUGCCAGGAGCCUGCUCCAGCGUGGGCUUCCCAUGGGUACUUAAGGGUGUCGAGGGAAGCUGGUAGGGAACAGGUUCAAAAUAAAGGAAGGGGUGUUUUUUUUUUUUUUUUUUUUUUUUAAUAACCUGAGUCUACAGGGAUUGUAAACAAGUACUUAAGGAGAAAUGCCUGAAGGUUUUUAGCAUAACAUAAUCAUAUCUGCCUCAAAAAGUUCCUUGAAGGGUUUGGAUUCUUGAAGGCUAUUUGAGGGAGCAUCAUAUAUGUCCUGUUGUUACUUUUCCCUGGACAUCUGCUUGAGAGUACUGAUAAAGCUAAGAUAUUGGUCUUACCUUAUAUUUCAUCCAACAACCAGUUGGAGUUGUAGCAUGUUUCUGUUGACUUCUUAAUUCUUAAACUAAGAGGUUUUGUAGGGUUUUUUUAAAGAAAGGUUUUAUUUUUUUAAAGGGAAAACUAUAAUCUGAUCUUGGCUCUUCUUCACUAAAUGGAAAGUGAGAAAGUAUUAUCAAGGUAUUUGAAGGCUGUUAGAUGCACAGCUUCAUCUCUUUUGAAUAAUGAAUAGUUUCAAUGACUGAACAGUAGCUCUUUCAAAGUAUGGACCAGAAUACUUUUGGAAAAAGUGCAGUCAGAAAUGUCAAUCUAGAGGUUUUUUUGAUUGUUUUAUUGUUUCAACCAAAUGCAUAAAUUCAAACCAAGCUUUGAUCCAAGCAUGUCUGAUAUAUACUGAGGUAACAUAGUUCAGUUUUUUUCCCUAUUUUUAUUCUUUUAUGAAUUUACAGGUGGACCCAUUUCAGUCUACAAGAUCAUUCAUACACAAAUAUCUGCUGCUAAAUGGAUUUUUGAGUUCCCUUUUUGUUGAUAAAGUAUUUCUUCAUCAUAAUCUGACCAGCAAAGAUAAGAGUGUUAAACAGGUUUUUCUUAACAACAUAUUAAUGUCUAGUACUGAAAAGACUUAUUCUGCUAGCCAGCACUGCUUCAGCAGCAAAAACAUAGUGUUAACCUUAUGCUUCUGUGAGAAGAGGACAGGCCAAUUUCCCAGUGGGAUACAGAGAGGGGCAAGGAAUACUCCAGCUUAGCCAUGUCUGUGUGGCUGCAUGUGGUUUAAUGAUAGUGGUUAAGUGACAGUGGCCCUGCUGUGCUGGGAUGUGUCGCAGCUGACUCCCAGGCAGAUAAAUUGUUACAAUAGGCUUGUAGAAGAGAGUGGAUUUCUGAUGACUAAAUCAACAUGAUGACUACACUUUUUUGCUUUUGUUCUGAUGGCUUUAAGUAAACCAAGUAAUUUACUUACCAGCAGCACGUGGAAUGCUGUGGAGUAUGGAAAAGGAAAACAGAAGGUCAGUACAUUACUGCUGUCCCUCCCUGCCUCACAGUGAACAGCCUCAACUUCCUUCUGAGAGCUUUUUGCAUCCACUCUGUGUAACGUGGAACUGUCCUUAGCAGGAGUCAUGUAACAAAUAUGGGAAACUCUGCAAAAGUAGCUUAUGGAAUAGCUAAUGUUGAUAGGACAAGGUAAUGAUAGGACAUGUUUAAAAUAUGUCUUUAUUUCUGGCAAAUGAGGGCCUAACAUCUACACUGGUCAGACCCUCUUGUUUUAUUCUUCCUGGGGCAGCUGAAGACAUAUUCCUGCUCCCAGGUCUUUUAGUGCUCUCCAGCUGGAGGUUGCUUCCCUUACAACUCAUUUAUGUCCUGGCAGUUUUACUUAAUGGUCACAAACAAUUUAGGAUCAUUUUUCCGUGGAUAAUAAUUGCCAUGUCUGAGGAUUAUAGGGAAAAUAGAUUAAAAACCACUGAUGCUAAAAAGGGGUAAGAUGUGCUCAAGGAAAAGUAAGUUCACAGUGUCCAGUAGAAUGUUUAUUAAUGUUGGAUGUCCAGAAACAACAUUCACUGUGUGACGAAGGAACUUCAUUUGCACUCAAUUUUUAGACAUCCAAAACAUUUUUUUUUCCUGUGGCUUUAAGCAGUUCUUGAAAGUAGUGUGUUGCCUCUCAGAAAGUCCCCAGACAAAUGGAUUUAUCAGGACAGAUUUUAUACCUUCCUGAAAGGAGGAGUUACAGAGGAAGGUCAGUGGCCCAAAGUCACCAAGUUUAGCAAGUCCAUUUUAGGCUUAAAGUAUAUAAAAUUAGGAUUCAAUAAAUUUAUAAUGUUAAAAUUAUAUUUAUAGAAUUUCAAAUUUUUUUUAGAUUAGAAAAUAUUUACAUCCCUGUAUGAUAAAUUUCUGGUUCUGUAGACUUUAGCAUUAUUGAGUAGAAUAUGUACAAAUAAUGUGAUUAAACAAAUGAGAUAUUUUUGCAUUUGAUUAAACUCCAUGUAAUGUGGUGUAAAAUAGUUUUCUAGAACCAAAGGCAAAAAAAUGGUUGAUAAGAAAUUUAUGCGUACUUAGAAUGAAAAUCAACUAGGUUUUAGCCAGUACUGAGGUAUCCUGCUGAAUUCCUGUUUUUCCCUAUCUUUACAAAUUUGAAUCUAUCAUAAUGAUCAAAAUGCAGAGGAAGACUGUCAAUUUGUUUUUUACAGCUCGUAGGAAACGAGCUGCUGCUUCAUUUUGAAGAAUACUGAAAUAUUUUAUUUCUGUAUGAAGUGUGUGGGGUGUCUCUAUUUUAAGAAAUACAUAGCAAACCCCACAUAUCCUUAUGAUUGCAAUAAGUUCCUUCUAAAGAUAAAAUAAGAAUUUUUGUUGCUGAAUUGUAUGCCUUGUACAAUCAUAUUUUUGAUUGAGGGAGGGAAGUGGCAUUGGUGUGCUAAUGAUAACAGCUGAUGCAAAAAUGUUCUGGAAGAGGUAGUACUGUAGUAUGGCUAAAAAAUUACAAAAUUGCAGAACAUCUGAAUAGCAAUCAAUGAGGCAAUUGUAAUUAAUUGAAAACAUUUGAAAUUUUAAGUUGUUGUAGCUGAGUGUAUCAUAUCAAAGCUUAGAAAGAUGUUAAUCAUAUUUGUGAACUGUGCUGUUAAAUCUUGUGAAUGUUUAACAAGCUCUUCUAUCCACCCUUGAUGAGACACUUGUGUAAUUUGGACCACUACUAUUUUCCAUUCAGAAAUACUUAAAAUAACAGAAGAAGUCAUUAGAGUUACUAACAGGUAGGAUAUGAUACUGUUCCUGUCUGAAGGACAUCUACCAGAGGGUAAAUGUACAAAAACUUUUAUUUUUUUCUCCCUUCCAUCCCCUCUAGUCAACUGGGGCCUGAUAAACAACUGGUUUUGUUGCCCUCACCCAAAGCAAGCCCAAGUUCAGUGGAGGAGGUACAGGCUUCAUUAGGUAGUCUUUUUCUCUGUCAUUAAAGUAACAUGGAAACUAGCCAAAAAGGCACUAAGUUUAUCUGAAGUAACACUUGCAGCUUUGUGGAAGUAUGCAGCUGAGUAAUACUACAAAAAUAGCAAGUUAUUUUGAGGAAGAGCAUAUGUUCUGUAACAAUGAGAAAUUAGUAUACAGAUAAAAGAAAUUAUGUAUCUAAUUAUAAAUUUCAGAUGGGAAAGAACUGUGGCUUAGUGCCAUGAAGUUUUCUGUAGAUGCAGCCAUUAGAAGUUGUUUAAUGCUCAUUUUUCUAACAUAGUUAUUUAAAGACGUACCGUCGUUGGUAAAUUGCUGUACUGCCUUAGGGGUGCAUAUUUUGUAGUCUGUAGCAGUACAGAUAAUAGGCACUUUUUAUAUUCCAGUGCACACUGAUAUACAGGGUACCACACAGUGAUAAUUGCAGGGGGUUUUUUCUUACAAGAAAGGUACAUGGCAGACCCAUGGUGUUUGCUUACUAUUUAAAGAUACUGACAGCCAAAUGCUGCUGUCUCCUGUUAGAAUUAAAAAUUAAGAUGACACUGAAAGAGAUUUUGAGGAAGCAGUUAGGUAUAUAUGCUUAGACACUGGAAAACAACUCCAGUACCAUCAUUUGUGCAGCAUCAUUUAAAAUUUUUCAUGCUUCAUCAAAAAAUAGCAAAGUUUGUUUAGAAGAUAGAAAGUAUUGUUUUGAUGAUUAAAACUUUUCUUCAUAGAAGUUGCUCUAUUUCAUGGAAGAGAUUAGCUUCUUUAUAAAAAUAUGAAGUGUGCAUCAGGUCCUCAAAAUCUUUACCUUCAAAUGCUUCUGCAUCUGCGUUUUUUGUUUAAGCUUCACCUUAAACAACUAGAGAUUAACAUAUGUAAAAGUCAUAGUGAUGAGCACAACAAGAGAUUAGAAGAUUAAGCUGCAGUUAGAUGUUGAAUAACUAGAACUUAAGGCAUUACCAAAUAAAAUCUACAUCAAGUUUUGCAUAACGUAAAGCUGACUGAAUAGACUGUGCUCACUGAGCUUUGAAACCCUCAAAAAUAUUACGUAAAAUAAAAUCUUCUUUGUUGAAAUUUUACUUUUCAGGAUGUACCAUUUAGAAAAUAUUAGACCUUAGGAUAGUCUCGGCAAAACAAAAAUCAGUUCUGAUUGGGUUUUGGGUAAGUAUUUUUUGUCUCUUCUGAGCCACUUGCACUUCAAAAACCUACAUGCUAUUUGCUGUCUAUAAGAAAGGCAUGAUCAUGCACAGCUUCUCUUUCAGAAGAGGAAAAGUGUUGGCAAAGGAGAAACAUACAGAAUUUAGGAGUCAUAUAAUCACUCAAUGUAUGUGUUUUUAACCUGUUUGUCUUCCUCCCUCUCUCCUAAUCACUGAAAAACCAGCCUUAUCUCAAUGUAGUACAAAGUACUUGUGUUGUUAUUCCUGGGGAGGACUGAGGAGAAAAUGUUCCAAAAGGAGAAAGUUCCAAAAUUGAGACAAAAAAUUAUUGAGAAACUAUGAGAAAAGGCUCAGAAAGAAAUCCUUAUGAGAUUUUUAUCCUCUGGAUUUCUUCCCAUAGAUUUUCUCUGUACUGCUGAAAGUAUUAAGACAAAGUAAAUAUAGUAGCUUUAGCUCUUGCCUUUACAAUUCCCUGAAAAAUUGGGAUCACUUUCCUCUGAGCCAGCAGGCAUCACUGCAUCUUAAAUAGUACCAAAAAAGGGAAGUAUAGGAGGUAAGGUAGUAUUUCUGCCAUUAAAACUUUAAUGCACAAAUUUGUAUUUGGUGCUUGGAGCUCUUUUCUAAAAAUCAAAGUUAAAGUAAAAAAAUCCUAGUGAUUUUCAUGAUCUUUCUGUAUGUCUGGGAUCUGUUUCAUGGGUACUUACUGGUGUGUUCUGCAGUUCCUGCCUGGGCUACAUACCCUGGUUUAUUUUCUGUGUCACUAAGUAUGCAGAGGAAUAGCUCAUACAUGUCCAGAUAUCAUCCUAAUACUUCAGAUGGAGCCUGGAAACUUAAAUGAUAGGUAAAUUAUAGACAAGAAGGCAAGAGAAUACAAAAAUAUCACCAGCCACUACAACUGUGAAAUCUGGGCCUUUAGGGAGCAAUCCUGUUGAGGCAUUCUGGCCAAAAUCAACAGUUGGAAUAUUGAGUUUGGAGAGAAAUUGGAAGACACUUUUCUUUAAUGAAGGAGAACAAAAUGUUUUGUAUGGUUCUCCCUUUGUGGAGAAGUUCCUAGUACUCUAUUUUACUUGUUUAUUCCUGUGAUUUUAAAAAAAGCUCCUCACAAAAUGCUCCUCAUUUGGAGCUUUGUGCAUCCAUGCCAUAUGUUAAAAACAUGAUAAAGAGUAGUUGUAGAGUCACUUCAGCAACACUUAUCCUUUACCUUUCUCUGCACCCACACUGAAAUAACAGACUUAUAGUCUGUUAUUUUCUGCACCGUUUUUAAUUCCUGCAGACAUAAACUUUCUGGCUAUACCAGGUCAACAGUUUUCAAAUUCACCAGAGAGUUUAUAUUUCUAUUUUACUUUUCUGACUCACAUUUUGAGAAUCUUUAUUUAGGUUCUUUACAACACUGGACUGGUAUAUCUGGAGUACAUAAAUUAAGAAUUGAAGCCUUAAUUGUGACUAUCACUAUGUGAAAAUCACUAUGAGUUUUUUUAAGUACUGCCACAAGCACCAGUUCUGUAACACAUUUUAUGCCAUUUUUCAUAUUUUCAGUGUGCCAUUUAGAAGUUAAAGGAAAAUCUAAGAGGAUUUUGGGAGCCAACUUUAGUACUUUUGAAUUUGUUUGAAAAAGCAUAGUUUUCAAGGAGAAAUAAUAUCCAAUUUGAUUUAUACAUGCAAAUAUCUUGGCUUGUUUCCAUGUCUGCUUCAUACUCCAAAAUGUGAAAGAGGGAAAAGGUUCUUAUCCUGUUUGAUCUAAUUUUUUAAAGUUUUUUCACUUUGAGCAUCCUGUGACAUUUUUAGCAAUGGAAUCACAGAUGGACUUAUUGCUUGAUUUUUUUUCAUGGUGACAUAAAAGGAAGUGUCUAGAUCAUGUGUCAUGAAGUACAAUGUGUGUUUAAGCAUGGAGAGCCCAGAGCUGUUACAUAAAAUGUUACAAAAGGUGGUAUAAUUUCACAUGAAAAUGCCUGUGGGCAAAUAUGAAACUCAUAAUUUUCAUUGGAAAAAUAAUUAUCACAGCGUGUUAGGUAGAACAUGUCAUUAAUGGUUUGUUCUUGUAUAUAAGCUGCUGAUCUCUCUGUGUUUUGAUUGAUAUGUGAGAAAAUUUCCCCAAAAUGUAUGUUUUGUUAAUGAGUAGUAAAUUUCAUUGAGGAGUUUUACUUCAGAUGUCAAUCCUUUGUGACAGCUUCAUUUAUCUUGCUUUGGUCAUCUCUUCUUUAAGUCAAACUGUGAACAAUGGCCCAGAUCAUAUAAUCAAAGAUAAUGGAAUAUUGGACUGUAAGAGAAAAUAUUAUCUAGGAAAGACGUAAAAUCACUUAGAAAGUUUUAGCAUGCUCAGAGUCUUUUCACAUAGCAAGGAUCCAUGAGGUAAGAACAAAUAUGUACAAAAUGAGUUUCUUUUCUGGCUGUGGAACAUGGGUAACAUAAGAACGUAGAGAGAUGCUGCUUUGUGACUAUCACUCAUGGAGGAGGCAGUGCUGAACCUUCUUGGAGUGACUCCAUCUAGAAACAGCUUGAGAGGCCUGUACCAGCAGUGAUCCAGACAUAAGUUACAUUUGUCUCCUAGACUCUGAAAAUAAGCCAUCUUUGUAAAGUAAAUUUGCUCCUUGUGUAACCCUACACAGGAUAAAGAGAAUUCUUGUUUAAUUUAGCGCUUGUUUAGUCUCAGAGUCUUUGUGUGUUGAAGAAGCCUCAAGGUGCUCCCAAAAAGGAAAACUGGCGUUGAUUCUCCUAUGAUGUGUAUCAUUCUCAAGCUUUCCUCUGAUGGAGCUCUUGGCCUCAGGAUGCCUGCACUCUGGGAACAGGGAGACUGGAAGGGUUUUGCUAUUCAAAAAGAAACUUUCAGAAAACCAAAGUCCUCUGGAUGUCUGAAGUGCUACAUUGUAGCAUGUACUAUACACCUUGGGAUGUGCAGUGCUGGCCUUGUAAAAUUAAUUACGAGUGUUUUCAGUCAAUUGAAUAGAUCAAAAUGUUCAGGUCAGUUUUUAAAAGAUGCUAUUUCUGUUCUGUCCAUAUGAAGACUUCUUUUAGAUUCUGCUCGUCCCUGCCCCCCACCCCCCCCUUUAUGCAAAGAUGUUUUAAAGAAACAGCUUAGGGAAAUGAAACAAGCUGUCCAUAUUUGUAAAAGUUACACUUCCUCAUGGAAUUUCAGUAAUGUAUAACAACUGGUCUAAAUGGGGAUCAUAACAGUUGAGAUUUUUUUUUUUUGUUACUAUUUUACAUAUGGAGGAGGACUGUAAUGAUUUCCCACGAGAGCAAGGAUGACAUAGUUAACAAUCAUGCUGGAAGAAAAAUAGAUACCUAAUGUAUAAAAAAUGUCUGAGUUUAUAAUGUUUUGUCUUUUAAAAUGAAACGUAGCUAUUUUUUCUGCUGCGAUGGUGUUCACCUAGCAGAAACAUCUGACCAAAUGGAGCAACAUUUGAACCAUGUAGAAGUAGAUUGACUAGCAUAGUAGAUGCUGUAGUUGACUAUUCCAAAAUUUGUGAGUUGCCUGGAUGUCUGUUGUGUUUACCAUGUGGUAUACAUAUGAGUUAUGUAUAUUGUGACCAAUGGAAAGAGCUUUAUGCUGUAGCUGUGGUACAGUAAUUUUUAUUUGCUAUCAAUAUUUAAAGCUUGCUAUUUCUUGAUAAGCCACUGUACAAAUGAAUGCUGAGAUUUCAGCAGAUAUUGAAAGGAGUUUUUCAUUAAUUCUUCAAGACCUGAAUGUAGUAUUUUCUUUUUAUGAUGCAAUCAGGCAAUUUAUCUCUGUUUUGUUAUUUAAGUAACUUUCUCAUGCUGUCCUAUAAUCUGCAGAAAGGCACAAGCAGAUUGAGAGGUGACUCACAGUUAGUGUGUGCUAAUAGAAUCUCCAACAUGAUGUCUCUGAUGAGUUCUAAGGACCCUGAAUUUGUGGAUUUUCAUGAAAAAUGUUGAAGGCUUUUCAUGGAAGUUUGAAUAAUAGGUUGUUUAUUUAAUAGCUAAAGAUAGUUGCAGGUUGGAGGUGUUCAGCCUAGUGAAGAGAAGGCUCCAGGGAGAUUUUAGAGCAGCUUUUCUGUACUUAAAAGAGGUUUACAAGAAGGCUGGAGAGGACUUUUUACCGGAGCGUAUAGUGAUAGGACAAGGGGGAAUGGAUGUGAGCUGAAGGAAAGCAGAUUUAGAUUAGGUUUUAGGAAGAAAUUCUUUACUGUGAGGGUGUUGAGGCACUGGAACACGUUGCCCACAGAAGUUGUGGAUCCCCAACACAACCUGCCCCCUGGCAGUGUUCAGGACAAGGUUGAAUGAAGCUCUGAGCAACCUGAUCAAGUGAAAGGUGACCCUGGAUAAAAACAGACCAACCUGCCUACACCCAGUUUCCUUGAAUAUGUGUAGGGGAAAGCUGUCACAGCUGCUCCACAGCUAAGAUUCCUUUGCACCAGUGCUGUCAUUACAAGUGAGAAAAAACAUCUGUCCUUAAGCUAAAGAACAGUUUGAGCAUUAAGAUGCACUGGUUACAGAUGAGCUGUGAAUGGUCUGUGUGAACUACUCCAAUGUAUAUGUUGAAAUUCCAUAAAUGUUUUGACCAUCAGGUAAGUGAAACUAUGGGGACAGCAUCUUGAUAGAGAGGUACAGGAAACAUACAGCAGUAAUAGUGUUAUGUGUCUAUCAAUGUGAUCUAUUUGCUUAAUAUACCAGGAAAUUGCAAAAAAAACCAAGCAGCAUCACCUAGUCCACAUUUCUACUCCUGCUGAGUCUUUUUCAAUAACCUACAUGAGUUUCAUUUUUACUAGGUUUUAGAGGAUCCUGUUUUCUCCUGUGUUUUCAUGUCACUUCAGGAGAAGUGACAUGAUUCCACAGAGUCUUCUCAGUAACUAAAUAUUGUAGAAAUUAAUAAUACUAUUGUAAAGUCUUUUGUGCUGUCAGGCUACGGCAAAUGCGACUUGGUGAUAUCCAGUUGAAUGCCAAGUUACUGGGGAGAUGCAACAAUAAUGCUGUUAGAAUCGACCUGUGGAAGAACAUGGCAAUAUAUGUGUGAUAGGCUUUUGUGGGUACAUUCAAAGUUCUUACAAAAUGUAGCUUCUCUGUAGGGUUAGAUGGGCAAUCCCUAUGGAUGGGAGAAAGAAAUGUGAGAGAAAGUGAAAUAUGGCAUGUUCUUGCUGCCGUGUGGCCAGGUCAUUCUUUCAUGAAAGCAGGAGAGCUUCUGUAUCCUGCUGACCAGGAAUGGUGUGUGGAUGAUGGGGAGGAACACAGAGAGUGCAGUUCCUUCUGGCCUCAGUCACAUGUUGAUUUUUGGAUGUGAGGGGUUUUUUUUAGUAGGGAGAGAAGUGGAACUUUGGUCUAGUUUAUGAUUUAUCUUAAGUACGCAAACCUCUGGGUGUAGGCAGUAAAUCUCUGAUGUACUUUACAAACACCACAGGAAAACACUGAGUAAACCAUAGACUACAAAUGUAAAGAUAACUUGAGGUCUUUCUGUGGCUCAGCUUUAACCAACUCAUCUUAAUCCAUUUUAUUUUAUUUCACAGAAAGAAAGGGAAAUAUCUUCUUUAUUUUUUUUCCACUGUUGCUACAAGUGCAAAUUUUUGGUGCUUAAAGGAACUUACUAAAGGAGGACACUGAGAUUGUGCUUAUUAUUUCAGAGUUCCUUUAAUGUGUGGUGUCAAACAUCAUGUAUUAGAAAAAAAAAAUCAUGACUCAGCAGUGAAAUUGAAAUUUGAAAUAAGUUCAAGAGAACCUGAUUGUAACUUGAAAUGAAGAAGCAUGCAGUAUAUGUAAGAAAAUAUGUUAGCAAAUGUGGCUUUAAGGUAAAAAUUAAACAUACUAAUUUUAAAACAGUAUGUAAUUUUUGCUUCUUUUCCGUCUCUUGUUACCCUUUGUCACUUGAAGUGACUAAAAAAUACUGAUUUUUUUUGUUAGAUGGCAUCCUCUAUUCAAGUACAGAUGCACAAGUACCUUAAUAAAAUCUCCUAUCCCUUGACUGAAAAUCAGCUUGAUUGGAGCUAUUAGUAACUUGACUAAUGAUAUAUAGAGAUAAUUUAUUCUUCCCUUCCCACUAAUGCAGAAUGUUAUUAUCUUCAGUCAAAGCAGCAAAGAGAAAAACUGCUGUUAAGUAGAUUUUUGGUUGUGAUUUUUUUUUUUUUUAGUUUUCCCUCUAAGUAAACAGAGAUUACCACUGCUUGGAUGUGGUAUCUAGUAUAAUGAUUAUAGGUAUUGAACAUCUGGUUUGAAACACGAAUAAUCCUGCAAAGGUGUUGUCAUACUUCUUUUGGUUUUGUUUUUUAAAAAAUAAACAAAACUAAGAACUGGGGUAGUGAGCUGAAUUAUGACCCCACAGAGGUAGGUACUGCUGUAAGAAGUGGGAGGGAAUAACAGAACCAGCUAGUUGACUAACCACUUCCCUUCAUUGUUGCUUUUAAUAUCAGAACAGCCUUGCUAGCUUUCUAAACCACCAUGAGUUACAUUAGAGAGACCAUGUACACCCUAACUGAUGGGGUUUCUGGACGUGAACAGCUCUUGGCUCAGCAAAGAAUGCACAGUAUGAUCAGCUCAGUGGAUGUGAAGUCGGAGGUUCCCGUGGGCCUGGAGCCGAUCUCACCAUUAGACUUGCGAACGGAUCUCAGGAUGAUGGUUCCCAUGGUGGACCCGAUUAUGCGCGAAAAGCAGCUACAGCAGGAGCUGCUCCUGAUCCAGCAGCAGCAGCAGAUUCAGAAACAACUGCUCAUUGCAGAGUUCCAGAAGCAGCAUGAAAAUCUGACCCGCCAGCAUCAGGCCCAGCUCCAGGAGCACAUUAAGUUACAACAGGAACUACUAGCCAUUAAACAACAGCAAGAACUCCUUGAAAAAGAGCAGAAACUGGAGCAGCAAAGACAAGAGCAGGAACUGGAGAGGCAUCGCAGGGAGCAACAGCUUCCUCCCCUCCGAGGCAAAGAAAGAGGACGAGAAAGGGCAGUGGCCAGUACAGAAGUGAAGCAGAAACUUCAAGAGUUCCUGUUAAGUAAAUCAGCUACAAAAGACUCUCCAGCAAAUGGGAAGAAUCAUUCCAUGAGCCGUCACCCCAAGCUCUGGUACACGGCUGCCCACCAUACCUCACUGGAUCAAAGCUCUCCACCCCUGAGUGGGGCCUCGCCACCAUACAAAUAUACUUUACCAGGAGCACAGGAUGCUAAGGAUGAUUUUCCACUUCGUAAAACGGCUUCAGAGCCCAAUUUGAAGGUACGUUCAAGAUUAAAACAGAAGGUGACAGAAAGGAGAAGCAGUCCUUUACUCAGGAGGAAGGAUGGAAGCAUCAGUUCAUUCAAGAAGCGUCUUUUUGAGGUGACAGAAUCCUCAGUCAGUAGCAGCUCCCCUGGAUCAGGUCCCAGUUCCCCAAGCAAUGGUCCGACCAGCAGUGCAACAGAAAAUGAAACCUCAGUUUUGCCAUCUAACAUUCAAGCUGAGCACCUGGUUUCCCAGCAGCGCCUUUUGAUACAGGAUGAAUCAGUGAACUUGCUGAGUCUGUACACAUCCCCUUCUCUGCCCAACAUUACCUUGGGACUUCCAGCAAUACAACCUCAAAUCAGUGGAGUCAGGGAGCGCUCCAGGAAAAGUAAUAGCUUCCCACUACUACAGGCUUCGUCGUCAUUCAAAGAAAAGCAGAAGGGGGAGACCCCGCCACUUAGACAAGGAGUGGCCUUGGCUGGACAGUAUGGGGGAAAUAUUCCCCCAUCAACAACUCAUCCUCACAUUGCUUUGGAGGGAAAGCCAAACAGCAGCCACCAAGCUCUCUUGCAGCAUCUGUUACUGAAAGAACAAAUGAGACAGCAAAAACUUCUUGUGACUGGAGCAGUUCCUCUUCAUCCACAGUCUCCUUUAGCAGCAAAGGAGAGAGUCUCACCUGGCAUAAGAGCUGCCCACAAACUGCCUCGUCACAGGCCACUGAACAGAACCCAGUCUGCUCCUCUUCCUCAGAGUACUUUGGCCCAGCUGGUCAUCCAGCAGCAGCAUCAGCAAUUUUUGGAGAAGCAGAAACAGUACCAGCAGCAGAUCCACAUGAAUAAGAUGCUCUCUAAGUCCAUUGAGCAGCUUAAGCAGCCUGGCAGUCACCUGGAGGAAGCUGAAGAAGAGCUCCAUGGAGAUCACUCGAUGCAGGAAGAGCGAGCUCCCGCCAGCAGUGCCAGCGUUAGGGCUGAGAGCAGCAGUGCUGGUGUGGAUGAAAGAAUAGGACAGCAGGUGGGGGCUGUGAAAGUCAAAGAGGAGCCACUGGACAGUGAUGAGGAUGUUCAAACCCAGCAAAUGGAAUCUGGGGAGCAAGCUGCUUUUAUGCAACAGGAGUUCCUGGCACAUCGGCAUGUCCACCAGUUGCAAAUCUACCAGGCUCAGAUGGCUACAGUUGGCAUGGCAGGAUCAGAUAAACAUCGACCACUUUCCAGGACCCCAUCUUCCCCCACUGACUCCACAUUACCUCACCCAGACAUGGACCAGCCCAGCCAGCAUGUCUACACAACUGGUGUUGUGUACGACAGCCUGAUGCUGAAGCACCAGUGCAUGUGUGGGAACUAUGCCAAUCACCCCGAACAUGCUGGAAGAAUCCAAAGCAUCUGGUCAAGGCUGCAAGAAACUGGGUUGCUAAACAAGUGUGAGCGAAUUCGAGGUCGAAAAGCCAGUCUGGAGGAAAUACAGCUGGUUCACUCUGAACAUCAUUCACUGCUCUAUGGCACCAGCCCACUGAACAGACAGAAGCUGGACCCCAGGAAACUCCUAGGAAACGUGUCUCAAAAACUCUUUUCCUUGUUGCCUUGUGGGGGACUUGGGGUGGACAGUGACACCGUUUGGAACGAGCUGCACUCGGCCGGGGCGGCACGCAUGGCGGUGGGCUGUGUCAUCGAGCUGGCGGCCCGCGUGGCCUCCCGGGAGCUGAAGAAUGGCUUUGCUGUUGUAAGGCCCCCAGGCCAUCAUGCUGAAGAAUCAACAGCCAUGGGGUUCUGCUUUUUUAAUUCGAUUGCAAUUACUGCCAAAUACUUGAGAGACAAGCUAAAUAUAGGCAAGAUAUUGAUUGUAGAUCUGGAUGUUCACCAUGGCAACGGUACACAGCAGGCUUUUUAUGCUGACCCCAGCAUCCUGUAUGUUUCCCUCCAUCGCUAUGAUGAAGGCAACUUCUUCCCCGGCAGUGGAGCCCCAAAUGAGGUUGGAAGUGGCCCUGGAGAAGGUUAUAACAUAAAUAUUGCUUGGACAGGUGGUUUGGAUCCUCCUAUGGGUGAUGUUGAGUAUCUCACAGCAUUCAGGACUGUGAUUAUGCCAGCUGCCAACGAGUUUGAUCCAGAAAUUGUCCUGGUGUCAGCAGGAUUCGAUGCUGUGGAAGGCCACGACCCUCCGCUGGGCGGGUACAAAGUCACAGCUAAAUGUUUUGGUCACCUAACCAAGCAAUUGCUGAAGUUGGCGGACGGCCGCGUGGUGCUGGCACUGGAGGGAGGACAUGACCUUACCGCCAUCUGUGAUGCCUCUGAAGCCUGUAUAAAUGCCCUCCUAGGAAAUGAGCUGGAGCCUCUCCCGGAAGAUAUUGUGCACCAAAUCCCCAAUAUGAAUGCAAUAGCUUCUUUAAAAAAGACCACUGAAAUUCAAAGCAAGUACUGGAAGUCAGUGGAGCCAUACUCUGUGCCAGUGGAUUGUGCUCUGGCUGAGUCUCAGAAGCAAGAGAGGGAGGAGACAGAAACAGUAUCAGCUAUGGCCUCUCUUUCAGUGGAUGUUGAGCAGUGUAUUCCUCAGGAAGGCAGCAGAGCUGCUGGUGAGCCCAUGGAAGAAGAGCCAGCCUUGUGAAGUGCCAAGUCCUCCCUGAUAUUUCCUGUGGGUGACAUCAUUGUGUAUCCCCCAAAGCACCCUCAGACAUGUCUUGUCUGCUUCUUGGGUGGCACAGAUCAGAUGGAACAUAAACACUGGGCACAAAACUCAGAGUAGCAGCUUCACUUGUUCUUUGGAUGGACUUGAAAGAGCCUGAAAGAUUCCUUAAAUGUAACUGCCACAAUUCUAGAGUUACAGUAAAAGGGACUUGGGAGAAAGAGCCCAGAGCAUGCUUUUUUAAUGCUGUUUGACCCUCUCACCAACACGAAUUGUGAAAUAGAGUAUUGCAAAAUUCUACAUGAUAAAUUAUAGAUAUGAGAAAUGCAACAGCCAGCAACAUACUCUGUGAACUCCGUGAAUCACUUUCUGACACUUUUUACUGGAUAAUUUUUUUCAUACUGUGUUAAAUUGUUAAUAGAAUUUGUUUUCUUUGCUCCGUGUAAUGAAGAAAAAAAACCCCACCCUUAUUUUAUGUGCCAUUUUUUAACCUCCUGUAAUGAAUUCUUAGCUGAAUAAGUGAAAAGCAUUUAAAUUAUGAUGAGGGAUUUUAGCUAAAGGGAAAGCACUUCUUAUUGUACUAUAAAUCCCCUGAAGUACUGUGCUUGGUGGUGCUUUAUUUUCUUUUCCCUAUUCCUGGCCAUCCCUCUCCAUUUCAUGUAAUCUUUUCUAUCAUGAAAACACAUUCAUGAUUCUCUAAAAUGAUCUUUUGCCUUUAAGAAAAAGUGCUGUACCCUCUGUAGUUGACAGUAGCGCUCACCAUAUGUGCAGCAGAGAUCAAGUAUGGAUAAUUUUUCAAACGUGUUUUUGGUUUGUUCUGAAAUGUUCCUGCGUUCUGACUCCAAAGCAGCGACCUUCAGUAACUGCGUGCAGCUCAUUUGAAGCUCAGGUGUUUCUGUGGAGGUUGUGUGGGAGUUUUUUUACAGGUUGUGUUGUGAAUACGAACUGAUUCUUUUAUGUGGUCCUGCACCAAGAGAACUGAUGUUACUUAAAAAGCUUCAAAGGGUUUAGGCUUUAUUUUAGAUCCCCAAAGUGCAGCAAGAUCUCCCUGCAAUGUGACUUUAGCUGUUUAAUUCCAUGUUUGAGAACGUAACAUAGAGUUGUGCCUUUAGCUGAAAAUGAACGCUUAAACUGUUACACGUGUUGCCUUACUGUCAGAGAGAGAGAGAGAGAUGGGGCAUGUAUGUAAGAGUACUUCAAAUGAACAAAACUCUGCUACAGUAACUUUUAUUUUGUUUACAACCUUCUCACCUAAUGAACCCCAGGAGAUACCUUGAAGUAUUCAGCUUGCAGUAUUUGAUAGCUUGCUCAGCUUUUAAAAGCAAGUGAUGUUCAUUUUUUUAUAUAUUUGCCAAAUUCAAAAAAGAAAAAGAAAAAAAGGAUAUAUAUUAAAGCCAUAAGUGAAGACUGUCAUGCUUUUUAUUCUGAAAUCUGAAAGGAACCUUAAUUAAAACAAGAUUUUGGGGAAGGCAAUGAUAUGAAAGAUAUGGAACAAUAUGGUUUCAGUUAUAGGCAGACUCAAACCUGUAAAUCAAAGAUGAAAGAUUUCACUCAAAUAGAAUUAUAUAAUUCUCUUUUGUUAUGCAGUCAGACUAUAUCUUUCAUGCAUUUGGGUUUGUUUACGAUUAGCAUUUUAAUUUUAAAGACUUUUAUUACUUAUACCAAAGCUCUCCACUACAAGUUAGAAAUCUGAGGCAUGCUUUGAAAAGGGAAAUCUAAAAAAAGGGUUGUCAUUUCCUAUAAUGUGGAGUAAACUUUUAUUCUGAAAGGUUUACUCUGAAAUGAAUGUAUACCCCUUAGAAAGGGAAAUAAAAUUCUGACCCUUGGAACGUGAAAUAAAAUUCUACCCCCCAUUUACAAGCCAAAACCAUGCUCGUUUUAGUAAUGCAAAGGGUCCCAUCAGGCUAAAUUAACUCCUGGUGUAAGCCACCUUGCCUGACUCUGGGCAGUUCUGAAGGGGUUGUUCACAUGACUAAAGCAAUCAGGAGUUCCUCCUGCAUUUUCAGCAGACUUCUGAUGGCAAUCUUACUUUCCAUUUACUAUGAUUUUGUUAUGGUCAUCAAAGAAAUUUCCCUUCAAGGAAACCAAGGGCUAUAGCUGAUGAGUUGGGUAAUUUGUAGAGCUUUUCACAUUUUGAAAUCAUGGCUGCAAAAUUUUAAUUGAGGGCAUAGUAACAUCAUUUUAAAAUUAACCCUAAAAUCUGUUUGUGUGCUUAGCUUGCAUGAACUUGUAUUUGAAUUGCAACCUGAAAUGUGAGUUACAAGCUUUUCCAAUCAAAGUAUGUCUUCUGGGGUGCAAAUCAGCUAAAGUUGUUUUUUUUUUAGCUGGAAAUGCUUUUUAAAUGCCAGAAUAAUUUGAAUUAAACCACAUUAUAAAGUCACACUUAUAUAUUAGUACAGAUGUAGUCCCAGGCAGAUAUCUAGUCAUGCUGCUCGUUGAAGUUAGGAUCAUUUGGAUAAACAAGUGUGCUAAUAAACUGCACACAGAUUGUGUCCAGAAGUCUGUUCUGACUGAAGUCAAUAGCAAAGUCCUCUUUGAUUUCCAUGGGAGAUGGAUCAGACCCUGCUUUUCUUUUCCCCUUUAAGUCAAGAACGCCAUUGCUUUUUGAUUAUGUCAUUCCUAGGCAUCUUACAGCCCUCUGGGAAAUGAUUGAGGCUUAUGGUGAAUAUCAACACUUCCUUCAAAGCAGACCUGGGCUUUCUGAGAGGGCAGUUUCACUUGCUGCUGUUUUCUUCUCACAGUAUUUUUUAUUACUGUCAAUAGCUCCCCAUGGACUCGAGUUAAAAUAUCUUCCAGCAAUUUUAGUCAUAGUUCUAAGGAAAUAUUCACAUAGACACUCUUAAAAAUGCCCAGUUUUAACUGGAUUCAACAACAGAUUGCAAGAAUUUCAGAAAGGUUCGUGAAUUGUGUGUUUCAAAUGUAAAAAAAAUCCGAUUUUUGAGGAGACAUCAAAGUUUCAUGUCUCCCACAGACCUUUCCCACUAGGCUUGAGAGAUUGACACCUUUGAAAAUUCAGUCCCAGAUAUUUCAAGUUGACUACCAAAAUAUCUAUGUCUGAGCUUAGAUUACAUCUAAAACUGAGCUGAAAUGCAUGAACAAAAUGGGAUGAGGGUGGUUUCUGCAUGUGAUUCCAUGGGGAAGGUGGAGCUGAGGAGGCAGCAGGGAGCACUCGGAGCCAGGGUGACCCUCUGCCUGGUCGUCGUGGUACAAGAGCUGCAGGCAGGCAGAAGGACAUCCCACGGUACCUCCACCCCAGGCUGGCACUGCCAUUUGUAGCAAAUCUUUGCCUCAUGGGGGAAUCCUGAAGUAAUUGGUGCUCUGCUCCUGCACCAGUCACCAACCACCAGAAAGAGAGAUGCCUCAGCAGCAAGUCCCACUAACAUGCUUGCUCCAGAUCAUUUUCUUCUCUAGCAUUAGGAAUGCAGUAUAAAGCUCAGUUGAGCUUUUCUUAUGUUACUAUACUUUUCUCAUACUUUUCUUGUAUUCUUAUGUCCUUCAGUUCAUAGUACAAACUGAAAACUAAAAAGAGACAUGACUCAGGAGAUCAAGAAAAGAAUAAUUUUUAUCCAGCUUAAGGCUCUUACCUGGGCUGGAGUAAAAACAGCAAUGAACAGCAAAUCUCAGAACUGCUGAAAUCUUCAUGAGUGUCUUGCACUUCAUUUUUGGACUCUGUGGAGGAAUUCUGCAUAUGCUCAUUUGGUUUUAAUAUAAUUUGCAGCUUGAUUAUAUGAUCUCUUUCAGGCAACAUUUCUAGUGGGUAAUCAAAGUUUGUGGGGAAUUUUGCCAGUGUAAAGAUGACAGAAUUAUUCCCCUCUUUUAACCUUCCUAAUUUUUCUUUCAGUGCAAAUGAAGCAACUAAUUCCAAGUGACUGAAUCUGAAAAAAGUAAAAUCAUUAAGCUAUCUUAAAAAAAUACCAUAAAAGAAAUGGAAAAUGUUAUGCAAAUAAAGAUGGCUAUGCCUUUACUUUGCAAAAAAAAAGUUAACAACAUGCUGCAGGCUGAAUAUAAGUGGCAAAACAAACUCCUCUCUGGAGUAUGUGGUAUUUUAGUUGGUGUCUUAUCUAAGUGCAGCCUCUCUGAAAAGCUGAGAGGCAUAACUGGAGAUGAAAUAUUAGAAAGGUUUUGCUGCAGCCAACACCAGAGGUCCUGUAGAGAACAAGAAUGUAGAGACUGACUAAUUUUUGUAGACAGACAGCAGGACACUUUCAGGGCAAUGUGUCUGGGACAAAGAAUUAGAGGGAACUUUUCCAAAGGCACUGAUGGCUGUAAAACAACUAACUCCUGUUAGCUUGCAGGGGCAAGGAGGUGUUCAGCAAGUGCUUAUUCUUUGGGAAAUGCCACUCCUGUCCCACCAGCAUGCCUAAACUCAUGCAGAUGUGAACCUGGCUUGGCUAUUUUCUCUCCUCAGCAACAGCAGCAGCAGCAGCCACCAUGUGUGCUGAUGUGUGUGCUGUGCAUUUGCCCAAGAAGUUCUCUGCCCCCAGCAGACAUUUCAUAACAUGACUGAUAGGGGAAUUUUUUUUUCCUCAAUAGUGGCUUUUCCAGAAGCAUAGCAGUGCAUGGUUGUUUUAUUUUUAAAGGUCACAAUAGAGCUUUGUGAACCAUUAUACUUUUUUUUUUUUUUACUGACUCCAUGUGGAAGUAAAACAGAAUCUGUACCUGGGGAGGGGGGAUGUGGUGUAUGGAACCUGCCACAGGAAAGGAUCUCUUUUAAAUCAAGCUUCUUCUACUUGCUUUUUAUCCUGUAUUUGAAGGAGUUUGGGUUCUAAAUUAUCAUUUAAGAUCUUUGUCAUGUCACUCGCUUUGUUUUUGUACCUGUAAUUGAAUUCACCCUUGUAACACAUAGAAAACCAUCUGAAAAAAGUCUGGUUUCUGACAGAUUACCCUGCCCUUGGUGUGGGAAUGAGAAUAGCUUAUCUUUGUCACUUCUCGAAGCAAUUAAAUGCUUCAUUUUUGUAACAGAUCCAAACUGCAGCAGUAUUUUGAGAGUACUAUUUAGCUGACUGUCUGCUGACUGUUAAAAAAAGAAAUUGUGAAACUUACAUUCCUCUCUAACCUCAAAAGAAACCCAUUUUGAUUUUAACAAUGUCAUUUUUUCACUUGAUCUGAAAGGGUUUUGUCCCAUGAGAUCUUGUUACUAGCUCAGUUCUAAUCUCUGGUAAAUCACACACUACAGAAAGUGAAGACCAAAAAGGAUGGAUGUUCCAGCAACUCUCAGUUAUGUCUCUUCUGCACAAUCCUUCAUCCUGCUCCAGUGCCAUGUUCUGUGGUUAAGAAUGUUAGCAUAGAUUACAGCAAAAUAUAAAUUGUUCUGCACCAUCAAAGAUGCUGCUCUUUGGCUGUCAAUUAGCACUCUGUGAGCUGGGCUGUCAUUUAUAAGGGCUGUGAUUUGUGACAGAGACAUGCGUCUGUGGGGAUGGUCUAAAGACAAGUGAUGCAUGCAAGCAGUGGCACUGGUGCUGUGUGGUCAGAAGGAUUCUGUGCCGAGAUCUCCACACAUUCCCCCUUUUUUCUCCAACGCCUGCAUGGCCAGAGGCACAUUUGCAGUAGCAGAGCCAUGGGAUGUCCUGAUUCAAAGACCACUUAAAUCCCUUUAACAGGCUUUGGGUAACUGGGAGGCAGCUAGAGGAGGAACCAAAACUCUGCACCCAGCCACACAAAACUGUAUAGAAAGCCCAGGUAAAAGAUCUGAGCUUGCCCUCACAUAAUUUUUUCUGAUAUGAAGUGCCAGUUCUGCUCCUAGAAAAGUCUGUCUGAAAGAAAAUUGACUCUGCUGGAUCUAUUCUAUCGACUUCCUGAGCGUGUAUAUGUCAUGUGUUAGGGGAACAGGUUCACACUCAUGUGUCUUGCUGCUUAAGUUUACUGCUAUUUUAAAUUUCAUGAUUGGCUUAAUAUUCCAAGUUAGGAUGCAGUAGGAAAGCAUAAAGCAAUACCUGGUGAAGUCAUAACUGAGGCUUUCAAAGCAAGCUUACUGCCAUGGGUUUAUACAAGACUGAGUUUUUGGUCUAGGGAUACACAGCUAAAAUGUCUAUUUUUUUCAUAGGAAAUUGAUGUUACUAUCUGUUUCCAUGAUAAAAACCAGUCCUUUUGCUCAGAGUUCUGAAAGCUUAUCUGUAAUUUGUCUUUCCAGGCAGAGCAGAUUCUAAAGGAUAAAGCAUCAGUGGGACUGACCCAAAGGGCAACAUUUUUAAAGGUCAAUAGUAAUAUUUCCAUAAGAGUAAAAGGAACCAUCGUUAUUAUUCCUGAUACAUUUUUGUAUCUUCAAGUAUCCAAUGAGUAAUGUUAAGUAAUAUUGUGCUCCAGAACUUUGUUAUUUAUAGAUAUAUGAGCAUUGGAUUGGCGUGAAAUAGUCUUCAACCAAGUUGUUAAAAUCCCUUUUGUUUUGUGUUUUGUAUAAUUCUUUGGCUAUAGUCUUGUCCUAGUGUUAAUAAAAGCUAUUUGAAGUAAGCUAGUUCAA